AGGGUCGCAUCUUUCUGUAUAAAUAGUGCGCAGGCGCCGCGCGCGUUGUUUAUUUAAUAUCUAGUGUCAGUAUAAACAGCCCGUGACCACCAUGCUCGCGAUUAAACAGAUAUUCGUUUUGAUUUUCGUCUCGUAUGCUGUGUUAACGUUCUGCGAGGCGAGACCGGACAGCGCAGGUCAUGCUAAGCUGCCUGGACCGGGACUUUCAUAUGGUGGCAUUCCCUAUGGCAGUAUGAGCGGCAAUGUAGCUGAAUACUUCAGACAGCAAGGGCCAUCUAUCGGACGAGGAGGAAACUUGUACAGCGCCGCUAAUACAAAAUACGCGCCGAUUGAACAGUAUUUAUAAUAGAUGGCGCUAUUAUUA